AUGGGAGAGAUUUUCCUUGACGAAGCACUAAAGCUUCUGUCGUCGGAUAAGCAAAAGGAACGCGCUGAUGGUCUGGCAGAUCUAAAACAUAUUUUACAACAGAAUAAACAUAGCUCGAAGCUAUUGGACCUCAACGACAAGGCCUGCUAUAGAAUUUUUGAAUCACUAUUCCAGUCCAUCGCUGUGGAAAAAUCAAUUUACAACAAAGCAGCUUCAAAAUCCAGUUCCAAGGGUCCCUCCGCCUCCGCCACACGGCUGUCUGCAUAUGCCUCCGUAAUUCGUACAGCAGUCGAUAUCUUUCUACGGAAUAUCAGAAGCAAGUCGUUUCGUGCCAUCGUUGAGCACAUAACUGAAACCAUACCGGCACCCGGAGAGGGAUUGUGGGAGCUUCUGAGUGUAGACUAUACCAAAUGCUUGUCAUCACUCCUAAGUUACCCACCCCACAUCGAGCAUCUCGCUGAUGCGGCAUGGGACGACUUAGUAGACUAUUGUCUCGCGGCAAUUGGUUUCCAAUCGAUUGUUGAUGGUAGACUUAGUAUCCGCAGUUCAUAUUGGUCGACACAGGAUGAUCUGGAUGCAAUUGACGGCCGCUCAACUCCUUCCAGAGUAGCCACAACCAUCGCCACCACAGAAAAGCAAGCGGGCGAUAGAAAUGCAAUCAGGGAAGUUUUAACUUGUCUUCAGCUUCUCAUAACAAAAUCGUGUGCCCCAACUCAGGCGGCGGCUGAGAAAAUUUUGCAAGGCCUUGUUGACUUCGUCAAAUCACCGUCAAUGGCAGGAAAUUUACACCAACUGGCGAUUAGUAGCAUCAAUACAGUUGUUUCGAGAGUAAUUUUUGAUCAAUCCGAUCUGGCUCGCUCAUCUCUGUUAGACUUGAUCCCCACUAUCCGGCGCUUAUGGACUACUAAACUUCACAACCUGAAAGAUGAAUUACUUGCCACUUUGAUGCUCUGCAUAGUUGUUCUGGUUGAUACAUGUCGAACCAAUGCUUCUGAAUUAUUGAACAGUUCUGUGGAGGGACUAGUAAACUUUCUCCUUUCUGACAUUGUGAAGAGGUCCGAAAAGGAGCUGCUGCAAAUUGACGACGCGAUCUUUUAUAAGUCGAGCUUUAAUCAAAAUCGCCUUCUAUUUGGCCCGCGCCUCGGCAGCUCUCGAUCAGAACAAAACUGGACGAUUCUGUGGGCUAUCUCCAGCCUGCUUAAGAUGUCUGAACAUGUCACUGGUACGCCCUCUGAACCAUCCGACACUGAGUCCACAAAUGAAGGUCACAACAAAAGACAACGUCUUAGCUCGGCAAUCGAGGAUGUUUUUCGAGACGCAGUUUCUGCCACAGGCACACGAAGGAUCUGCGCGCUGCAACUUGUUCCUUUUCUAGAAAGUGAGAUGAAAAUCGAAAGGAAGAAUUUAUUAAUCGAACGGCUAGUGCCUAGUAUUGUUGACGAUAAUGGUUCGAUUUCGUCGUGGACGAUGAUCGCAUUGGCAAGCAUCGCAAACGGUCCCGAUGCUAGCCAGCCUAAUCUCAAGGCUCACUGGUCCAAGGCAGCGGAUCUGACAUUUCGUUUCAUCUCUUCUUCUUCAACAUCUCGUGCCGCUUGUAAGCUCAUGUGUACGAUUUUAGAUGCAGGCUUGCUGGAAGAUUCAGUCAUAGCAAAAAACGUCAGCUCGUUGUUGUCUUCUGCCAACUUGAAUGGUCCUCCAACAAUUUCGGAUUCAUCGCUGGAUUUAUGGGCGUCGAUAGCACGCAAAAGCACACAUAUCAGCUCGGGUUCAUCAAAGAGCUCUUCAAAACAAAUUUGUGGUUGGUUGAGAGAAGUAUGGACCAUUGGCGCUGUAACAAAUCGAAUUCAAACAGCACAGACUGCCAUGUUUGCUCGCCCUUUAGACUUGCUCAAUCUUUUUUUGGCAUGUACCAACCGAUCCUUCCAGCCACCAAGCUUUCAAGAAGUAGGCCCCACUGGACUAAUCGCGAAGACCUGGUUCUUCUUUCACGAGAAUCACAAGAUUUUGGAGUAUCUGUUUGAUAUUGGGACUUUGGUCAGUCAUUUUGAUCCCUGGCACCGAGAAAGGCCAUGGAGCUUACAACCAUUCACUCAACAAAAUGACAAUGAUUCAGUGGUCCUGGACCUCUUGAAAUCAAAGUCUGAUAUGUUCUUGCAGGUCUGUCAGGGAAUGACUGCGGAAAGAUCUCAUCAUGUCACUUCGGAUAUUUUGCAAAUAAUGGCUUCAUUUUGCAUUGUUUCUACUCUUUACGGAGCAUCAAUUCAAAAUCUUACGCCAGAACUAGAUCCAAGGAUCAAGGAUAUAGAACACAACUGCCAUGCUUUGUGGAAAGAAAUUUGCGAGGUUUUAGCUGAUCAACAGCCUGAUUCGAUGCAAUCAUUCCUUGAGCUGUUGCUUCCAAUUCUUCCCGCGGAAUUUCUUCCAAACACCAAUUACGUGGCCUGGAGGUGCCUCUCCCCACUCAUGCACUCACUCGCCAAGAUACUGGAGAAAAGUCGGCAAGGCGAUUCAUCCAAAUCUGGAGAUCUCAUGGAUUUGGACUUGGACAAUCAAUUUCUAUCGCCAGGAAGCCAGUCUUUCAAUGAGAACACUAUUCUUACCUUGAACCGAGAAUCUUUACGUCUUGUCCCUGACGCUACCACUUUUCAAAUUGCCAUGACUAUUCGAAUUUCUGUGCUUCUGCUGAUGCUACCUCUUGAUGAAACAGACAAGCCACUUUAUCCUCCAACCCUCGUCGAGUACCUGACUAGCUUGAAGGAAGCUGAACUUUUAUCCGCGCAUUACAUUUUACAGAGAAUUUUUCGUGCGCUUUCAUCCAUGGAGCAAAGUGACAAACUCGACAUCCUUGAGGGCCUGGGAGAGAAAUGUCUCCAAUCAUAUGAGAUGAAACGUUGUGAAACAUCACACUGCCUUUGUAUAAGUAUGAUAACCAGCUUUGCAACAUCUUUGAUAUCCACCGAAAAUGAUUCCUUGGAAGAAUCAGUCAUAGAUCUGUAUCGCUGGUUUAUGGAGGCUCUUGUGGCUCGUAAAGCUGCUUCAACUAGAGUCUACAUCGCAUUGUCAGGAUUAUUCCAGACAGUAAUGCACAAGGAAUGGUGGCAGGCCAUCGACAAUAUGCCUUCGCCGCGUACGAGUCUUUUUAAAAUUCUCCAAGAGGGAGACUUUCAAGUGAAAUUUCAUAUCGCAAAUAUCAUUCCCACCCUUCUCAAAAGCUCUGUCCACGAUGAAGGCCUCUAUGAUGAAAUUCGAACAAGCCUUCCUAAAGAUCCAGAUUGGAUCGAAGGGAUUGCACUUCGCCUUUUUGUUCUUGCUAGAUUAGCCUUGAUUUGGCCAAAUAUGCUGCGCAGAAGUACCUACCACAUGUUUGAGACGCCAACCUUGAUACCACACUCUCUUGGCUAUGCCAAGAAAUGUAUGGCAUUUGUCUCGAAGACCCUUGGCUUCAAAAAUGAAAAAGAGUUGUUUCAACUUUUCGCGUCUCAAAUAAUCUAUACUUGGACAGAAAACCAGUCCAUAAACUCGAUGUCUUUCGGGACCUUUGGAUAUCAGUCUCUCAAAGAAAUGCUUAUUGACGUGAAAGAUGAAGUCGUCGGGCAGAUGGUGAUGCGUGGUAGGGAAUCUGACGUUCAAGAGCUCUCAACUCUCCUCGGAGUACCUUAUCUCAGCCUCGUAGAGGAAUCUUUUCACAAAGCCGAGGCAUAUUGCAUCGCCCAAGACAUUAGUACACCACCGUCACCCAACAAUUUUCCCAGAGGAGUAGAAAUCCCACUGAAAGAGUUGUUUGAAAGGGAUAUGUUUAUGCUUUUGACUGCGGACCAAUUCCCUCAAAUCGUUGCCAAUUUUUUCAAGUCACUUGAUCAGAUCGAUCAGAUCGAUCGAGCAUACUCGAAACGGCCAAUCUUUCAAUAUGCAAUUGAUAUUCAAACAGAAAUCAACUUGAAGUCUGAGCCUUCGAACCUCGUUCCUUUACCCUCGAAUCACCAACCAUCAUUUCGAGCUCGUUAUCUCCUUGAUGAGCUUGAGUUUAUCUGCAAUCGGCUAGGGUUUCAACUUGAGAAUAUUUGGACGCCUUCCCUGACCCUCUUCGUGUGUCGUUCAUUGCUAGAGUCAAUUCAUCCUGCUCUGGGCUCACUUCAUGCCUGCUUUGUUAUCCGAAAAAUCAAAAUUCUCGUUUGCAUUGCUGGCCCUACAAUGCUUCGGAACUAUCCCUUCGAGAUGCUACUUCAAUCACUGAGGCCAUUUUUCACCGACCACUACUGCUGUGAAGACGUUGUGGGUCUAUUCUGGUAUCUCCUCGAAGCUGGUAAAGCUUACUUAGAAGAUACCCCUAGGUUUAUGACAGAGAUCUUCGUGUCUGUUUUCUUGACUAUUCGAGAACUCUUAGGGAAUGAAUCCAGUGAACCUCAAUUUGUGAAUGCACAUCAUAAGCUCACUGAUUUUAACAACUGGCUGGGUAACUUCGUUGAUGGUUGUUAUUCAUCUGAAUGGGGUGACACAGUGGUCCAAAAGUCAUCUUGCAAGUUGGUGCAACUUGCUCGAAGACCAUCCAAUCAAGAUGCGAAACACUUGGUAUUCGAAGUAUUCAAAGAUCGCGAGUCAGGAAACCCUCUCCUCAGCACAUCAAUCGGGGAUCUUGUUCUUUCCCUAUUGUGCCUUGAGUUCCGUGCAACUGAGGGUGAUAAUCAAUUCUCUGACACAGAGGUAGAUUCUCCAUUAUAUGUUGUUUCAAUGUGGGAGAUGCUUCACAAACUUGAUACUGGACCAGAGUACCGCCUUUGGGCCGCUCGCGUUAUCGGACGCUAUUUUGCAGCUACUGGAUCAGUUGACGAAACGCUGUUACGGGAACAAGCCCUUUCCCUAUUUGAGGCACCGGUCCCCGGCCUCAUACCAAAUGGGAUGACACGGUCUAAGGCAAGAAUCCUGCAAGUACUUUCUCAAAAGUUGCCGAUCCAUGGCCACGUAGGUUUGAUAGAACGUACUCUGCAGCUCAUUAUUAUGAAUCUCGCCAAACCAAAGAACUCUCGUUACUUAGAAUGUGCGGAUGUCAUGACUGAAUCAAUGAUGAUAGCCCUUAUCAGGGAACCAGGAGUCGCUUUUCGAAACCCAAACGCACCAAAACUGACGGAAAAGGAUAUACCGCAUACCAAGGAGAUCAUUCCUUGUGUGCUAGGACUUUCUGUCGACGAAUGGGCUCGAAGCUUUGGCUUCUAUAUAUGCGAUGUUAUGCUUGCUCAAAACCCAGUCAUCGCCCCCCUACGGAAAAUCCUUGAUGUGAUUCCAGGUCUUGCUGUACAAUUACUGCCUUAUAUGAUCCACGAGGCUCUUGGUGGAGAAGGAACGAUUGGAUCUCUAAAUACACCAGCACUUAAGCGCCUCAACGAGUACUGGUUUCAAUCACGCGAAAUAAUCUCUAACAGUUUCAUGCAGAUUCUCUCCAAUGUCCAAGAUGAGACAAUUCCUCAUGCUCGCCUUGUGAUUAGCUGCAUUUUAUACCUUCAUAACCAGCCUCAGCCAGAUGAAACUACCAUAGUUGAUCGUUAUAUGUGGCUAGACCUUGAUUUUGGCGAGGCAUCAUCAGCUGCACAUCGAUGUGGCCUUGAGAAGACAUCACUUUUGUUCCUCGAAAUUCAAACAUCGAGAGCCCUCUCAGGUGCUCGCCGUUCAUCAUCUGCCAAGGUUGAACUACCAGUUGAAUUUUUGCAUGAUGUUUUUAUGAAUAUUGAUGAUCCAGAUCUAUUCUACGGCAUUCAACAGCGCUCAUCAUUGAAAACUGUGAUGGAAAAGCUUGAGCACGAAAGCUCGGGUCUCAAGAAUCUCCUCUUCCAAAGUGCCCAGUAUGAUAGCGAAAUUCAGAUGUCUGAGGACGCAAAUCCUCUUGGUAUCUUGCGUGCCUUAAAUUCAACUAAUUUACAGGGAAUUGCCAAUACAAUGCUUUCGAGUGCUAGCAGCGCAAAAGGGAGUCCAGUUCCCUCCGAUAGCAUGCUUCAAGCUGCCAUCAGCCUCCAGCAAUGGGACGUCCCUGUGUCACCAUCGGACCUCUCAUCAUCUGCAACGGUAUAUCGAGUGCUUCGGAGUCUCAAUAUAUCGUCUUCCCUACCUGAAGUCUUCAAUUGUGUUGAUGAGUGUUUGCUUUCCACACUCAGUGGUUUAGUUGGAAGUGGCCAAUCUGCAAUCGAGCUAAGGAGCACGAUGCGAACACUCGGGAUCAUUACUGAGAUAAAUGAUGUUAUUCAAUCCAAAUCAUCACAAGAAUUGAAUGAGGCCUGGGGCAAAAUCUCGACAAAAAGCAACUGGCUGAAAAUCGAGAGCUAUCAUGAGGUGGGAGAAAUUUUGAGUUGUCAUGAAGCGCUAUUCUCCUCAAUACGAAAGAAUGACUUGCUGAAGGCGAGCCCAACUAUGAGUCUUGAGCAAUCGUUGCUUGAAGCGAAAGUCUUCCGUCGGUCAUUGGAGGUUACCAGAAGCCACGGAGUCUCUCAGGCGUCAUUGAAGUCUGCAAUGAGUCUCUCCAAACUCGCUGGUCCUUGUGCUGAAAUGGGAAUGAUCAUUGAUGGGGUUGCGAAAUUUGAUCUUGCGAACGUUCUUUGGGACCAAGGCGAGAUGACUGCAUCUAUCAGCAUGCUGCAGCAGCUCAAGGGCCAGAGUGGUCUCCAGACGCAAGCAAUCCCGCUUAAUCGGUCCGACCUACUCGUCACUUUGGGUCACCACGUUGCCGAAGCACGACUGGAGAAACCAGAAACGAUAUUGCAAGAUUAUCUUUCUCCGGCAGUCAAAGAACUGAAAGGAGCAUCACAUGGAGAAACCGCCGGACGAGUCUAUCACGAAUUUGCGACUUUCUGCGACAUGCAGCUUUCGAACCCUGAUGGUUUAGAAGACUUCAAAAGAGUAGAGCAACUUCGAGAUCGUAAAGAAAAAGAACUUACUGGUCUCGACGAAAUGAUGAAAAAUGUCUCGGGUCGAGAGAGAGAGUCCAUCCGAAUGUUUCGCUCCAAGGCAAAGCAAUGGUUUGAUCUUGAUGACCGCGAAUAUCAGCGUUUAAUGCGAAGUCGGGAAGCCUUUUUGCAACAGUGCCUCGAGAAUUAUCUUCUUACCUUGCAAGAGAGCGAUACCUACAACAACGACGCUCUGCGAUUCUGUUCAAUCUGGCUGGAUAAAUCAAACAACAAAACUGCAAAUGCUGCGGUGUCCCAGCAUCUGGGGACGGUUCCAAGCUAUAAGUUUGCACCUCUCAUGAAUCAGCUGUCUUCACGCCUUCUUGACGAUUCUGACGACUUUCAGCCGCUACUGCAAGAGUUGAUUUUCAAAAUCUGCCUUGAACAUCCAUUUCAUGGCAUGUAUCAGCUCUUUGCCAGCAGUAAGUCCAAAGGAGGUAAAGAUUCUUCCUCUCAUUCACGUUUCCGGGCUGCAAAUGAGCUUGUGGAACGCUUGAAAACCCACAGCGUCAUAGGUCCCACCUGGGUUUCUUUCCAUAACAUGAACAUCAGCUAUGUUCGGUUUGCAAUUGAUAAGCCUGAUAGCGACAAAUACAAGACUGGCGCCAAGAUUGCCUUGAGCAAGCUGGCAACAGGCCAGCGUCUUGUGGUUGAUGUGGCGACUAACAGGCUGCCGCCGCCAACUAUGAAGAUUGAGCUUCGACCCGAUCGGGACUAUAGUAGAGUUCCUACUGUUGCUAGUUUCCAGCCUGAAUUCACAAUUGCCUCUGGUGUGAGCGCUCCCAAGAUUGUGACUGCCAUUGCCACUGAUGGCGUGCGCUAUAAGCAGCUAUUUAAGGGAGGUAAUGAUGAUCUGCGUCAAGAUGCGAUCAUGGAGCAAGUAUUCGAACAAGUCAGCAGUUUACUCAAAGAUCAUCAGCCCACCAGGCAGCGAAAUCUGGGCAUCAGAACGUACAAGGUUAUACCAUUGACACCCAGUGCCGGAAUUAUUGAGUUCGUUCCCAACACCAUUCCACUGCACGAAUACCUCUUGCCAGCGCACCAGCGGUACUUCCCCAAAGAUAUGAAGCCUAAUUCUUGCCGAAAACACAUUGCCGAGGUGCAGACCAGGAAUUUCGAACAACGAGUACGAACUUACCGCCAAGUCACCGAGCAUUUCAACCCUGUGAUGAGGUACUUUUUUAUGGAAAAGUUCAACAACCCAGAUGACUGGUUCAGCAGGCGUUUGGCCUAUACCAGAAGUACAGCUGCCAUCUCGAUUCUAGGGUACGUUCUGGGUCUUGGAGAUCGGCAUGGGCACAAUAUCCUGCUCGAUAACAAGACAGGCGAAGUUGUCCACAUUGAUCUUGGUGUAGCUUUCGAACAAGGCCGCGUUCUUCCUGUUCCUGAGGUUGUUCCUUUUCGCUUGACCAGGGACUUGGUUGACGGGUUCGGUAUCACCAAGACAGAAGGUGUCUUCCGACGCUGCUGUGAAUUCACUCUUGAGGCUUUGCGGCAAGAGUCUUAUAGUAUCAUGGCUAUCCUUGACGUGCUUCGCUACGAUCCCCUGUACAGCUGGAGUGUCUCUCCUCUUCGAAUGAAGAAAAUGCAAGACAACCAAGAACCAGACAAUGGACCGGCUCUCCUUGCUGGGAUAGAUAAGUCCUCAAAUAAUGAGCCCAGUGAAGCAGAUCGAGCCUUAACGGUAGUGACAAAGAAACUUAGUAAAACACUCAGUGUCACAGCCACAGUCAACGAGCUUAUACAGCAGGCUACGGAUGAGAAGAAUCUCGCUCUUCUUUAUUGUGGCUGGGCGUCCUAUGCUUAA